AUGUCUGAUCCAAAUGAUGAAGAAUGGAAAGAGGGUUCUGAGGAUGAAGUUGAAACAUCUAUAGAUAGUAGUGAUGGUGAGAGUGAUGGAGAUUCUGAACAUAGUAAAUCAGAGGAGAGCACACUUGUGUCAGAAUUAGCACAAAUAAUAAUGCAAUUUGUCCCCAAAAAACUUGAGGACAAAUUGAGGAGUGACCCAGACAUGAAAAAAGAGACAAUGAAGCAGUUGUUGAAAGACAAAUGGCAACUUGAGCCUCACAAAAUGCAAUAUUAUAGGGCUCGGGUUCGUGCAAGGGAGUGGAAUGAAGGAUCACAUGCAGAGUCAUAUGCACUUUUGCCAAAGUAUGGGAAUAAGUUAUUAGAAAAAAAUGCAGGGAGCAAUUAUGUGAUAGAAUCUAAACCAAGAACAGUGCUAUUGAAAGAAGUUAGAGUAUUCAGGCACCUGUUUAUCUAUUUUGAAGCAUGCAAGAAGGGAUUCUUGAAUGGGUGUAGGCCAUUUAUAGGCCUAGAUGGCUGCCACCUUAAAGGACCAUAUGGUGGUGUGUUAUUGGCAGCAAUUUCAAUUGAUGGGAAUAAUGGAUUAUUCCCUGUUGCUUUUGGUGUUGUUGAAUCCGAAUGCAAGGAUAGCUGGAUCUUCUUCUUACAACACUUGCAUGAUUCAAUUUUUACAGAAAUGGUGUUGCCUAUCACAUUCAUGACUGACAAACCAAAGGGACUCUCCCAAGCAAUAGCACAGAUAUUUCUAUAUGCCAACCACAGGCAUUGUGCCAGACAUCUGUACAACAACUUUAAAGUGAAAUAUCAUGGUGCACUUUUAAAGAGCCAUUUCUGGGCUGCUAUCAGAGCCUACAAUCCCAUUCAGUUCCAGAGAUCAAUGAAUGCCAUGAAGUCUCUCAAUAAGGAAGCCCAUGACUGGUUGAUGAAAAAUCCAGUAUCAGUAUGGUCUAGACAUGCAUUUGACCAUGGGAUUAAGAGUGACCAUGUCACUAAUAAUAUGAUAGAGUCUUUCAACCAGUGGACAGGAUAG